ACUGGGAAAUAUGUUUUCUUAAUUUGAUACCUAGAAACUGCGGUUAUUAUCUUUCUUUAUGUUUCUUAGCAUUAUCCAAAACUUUGAUUUUAACCGUUAGGUAUCUGAGGGAGUGCUAAUCUAGACGAUCCGAAGUCCAAUUCCAUUCCACGCGCGCGGACCGUGCAGUGUUCUGGGAAGCCCUUCUUGUGAUGGUCGAGCGCCAUUUUGCUUCAGGUGAUGUUAAUCGCGGCGUAGUCACCAUGCCAUUCAGCUGGAACCGCCGUAAUUAGGUCCGAUGACCUGCAAGCUUGCUUGGAAUUUUCAAAAGAUGGCGUAAAACUCUAAGCAAGAGUGGAGCCUAUGGUUAAACUAGCCCAGCAGGGCCUUGGUGCCAAUGAUCAGCUUCGAUCAUCAAAUCUUGUCUGCUAUAUUUGCGGUGCAGCCAACGCGAAUUGGCCAGUCUAUUCCAAACCAUCGCGAUUCUCGGUAAAGAAUCCUUUCUUUCCUUUCCUUGACUACCAUGUUCCACCUUCAGGCGCCCGGGCGAUUGACCGGGAGACGGGAGCUGUGGACGCUUGUACCGUCUGUUUCUCGUUUCUGACCCAACAAUGGAGCGCGUUUGAAGCGAAAGAUACGCCGAUUUCUAAACGGCUGUACUGGCGCAAAAGGUCGGGCACUGACGGAGUUUCGGAAAUCACGGCGGAAAAUUAUCAAGCUCGUUAUCCCGAGAGCAGAAUUUCUAACGAGUCGGAAAGAGUACGGGAAAAUAACAACUCGGCCAGCGAUGAAGAUGCGAUCCAUUCCGAAUCUCACACAGAAAGUGUGCCGAAUCAUGUUGUAAAAGUUGAAGAAAGUGAGUUUUUCUUUGGCGCAGAAGAAGUUAAUGAUACAGCAAAAAAUACGGCUGGAUCAUCGAAUCACGACCGUCAAGAAAUGGAAUCACCAAAGCCAGAUAGUUCCGUAAAGGGGGCAGUUGAAAUGUGCUAUGUUUGCAGCCGGAAAAAGCCCAAAGAAUUCAUGAGAAGUGUGCACACGCGAGCACAACUGAAAACAGAAACCCCAUUCUAUCCAUGUUUAUCAAAACACAGUCCACCCGUUGCUGCACGUAAGAUGGACUAUCUCGGGAAAGUUUUAGUCUGUGAAGCUUGCCAAAAAUUCUUAUUCCGCCAAUGGCAAGUUUUCCAGAAAAAUAGUACACCUUUGAGUGAGAGGCAAUACCAAUUACGCUCUGACCCCUCCCUUCCUAGGGAUCAACAGUCACAAUUAUCCACCAUGGUCUGUUUCAUAUGUGGCGUCACACAACCAGCAACUUCAGGACGCUUUUUAUACUCACGUAAACAUACAGCAGGAGAUCCAUUUUACCCAUUCCUUAAUUCUAUCACUCCCCCAUCGGGUGCUAUGCCGCUAACGAAACAGGGAUUAACACGGGCAUGUAGUGGGUGCCGUAAGUCUUUGCACAGGCAGUGGAAACAAUUUGAGGCCAGUGAAAUUCCAGAGGAGGACAGAGAUUAUAAAGUGCGUAACGAGUCUGUUCCUGCAGCAUCAAACACAGAUUCUCAUCUUGUGUGCUAUACUUGUGGAGAAAUCUGCCCUGAAUCAAACAUGAGACCAAUUUAUACAAAGAUUGGGGUGAACCCCCUUAAGGGUAGUUUCUGCUUUCCAUUUAUUGCCCUGCUUCAGCCUCGCUCAGGAUGCCGUCCAAUCGAUAGCAUGGGACGAACACUUGUCUGUAAACGCUGCUUUAGGUUCCUUCAGAGUAAAUGGGAACAAUUUGAAAGUGAAAAGGUACCUCAUCAAAUGCGGAUAUAUGCCGUCUGUGGACAUGAGAAUAUCAGGCUUAAAGCUAAGUGUCAUGCUUGUUUUCUUUGUGGCUUUGAGUAUAGCAAACAAUCUCCAUGGAGACUGAAUUUGUAUCCACAAAGUAGUGAAAGCUCCCAAGAUGGAGGACCUUUUUUUCCAUUCCUUGCUCAUAGGGAACCAAAACCAGGGGGUAGCAUGGUUGAACCAGAAGGCAGUGUUAUCGUCUGCGAGGUGUGCUUUACAAAUUUGAUGAAUCAAUGGGAAGCAUAUGAGAGGUCUGUCAUCCCUGCUGAAGGGAAUCGCUGGUUGCGCAAGUACAGAGUAACAACUGUGAUUUGUUAUCUGUGUGGAGUCCAAAAGCCGAGGGAGUCGUGUUUACCUGUAAGCCGGUCAAUAGCAACAUUGUCAGCAGGUUUUAGGGUGCCUAGAGGAAGCCUGGUAGUUAACCAUAGCCAGGAUGUUGUGUUGUGCAGUGAUUGUCAUGAGAAAAUCAGACCAGAAGGAAUCACCAGAGAUGUCAGCGCAGCACAUGACCAGAGGCAAGGGUCUCAACAGAUAAGCACUGAUCCCUAUAAUAAUCACCCAAAGCCACAAGGUCAGUCAGUAAUUGUCAUAGAUUCCAGUGGAAGCGACACCGAGGAUGCUAGCCCUGUGAAGCAGGAAGAGUUUCAACCAAGAGUGAGUCCAGUAGGCCAUGCCGCAUCUUCCUCCAUGCACUUCACCGCAUCAGCCUCGCCCGGAGUCCCACCACACAUGAGUAAGGAGCGACCAGUUUCAAUCUCCCCUUCUUCAAACCUACAGCCAGCAUCGAGAAGAAGCUUUGCUGCGGAACUUCGAAAGCUUGCAAGCAAACAAGCGAUGCCCUCUGGAAGUGCUUGCUCUCCUGUGUCAUCUCCUGGUGGGUCGAAGCCAGGAUCUCCAAAUCUGUCGCUGAACAGUUCUCGUAGUGCAGGCAUGUCUCCAUCCAGGAAUUCACCUGUGGUGUCCAGCACUCCUCCCAUCUCCCGCCCGGAACCAGCCCACAGUGCCGAGAGACUAGCUUAUGGGACAGAUAGAGACCUGAAAAGUAUAUCGACGCCCCCUAUGCCGCCAAUCCCAGCGCUUGACCCAGACCACAGGAAUCAAACAGGUGAUGGGACUGUCAGCCAGAGUGGCCACAGACCCAACCCCUCCCCCCUGAGGAGUGCACAUGAGGUUCUUCCUGGGGUAUAUGCUACCAGACCAGGAUAUCCUCACGAGCCUUCUACAAUGUUAUCAGAGCAGUUCCCUGGUGACCACGCCCCACAUGCGUUGCCGUACUAUCUGCAGGGGGCAAAGCCUGACAUGCCAAUGUUUUUGCCUCGGGCGGGGCCCAUACCAGGACCUCCACCACUGUUAGGCUCAAAGCGAGAGGGUCCUGAUGCCCAUAUGUCUCAAUUCUAUCCAGCACCCUUCCCACCGAUGCUGGACUCGGCUGAUAUGCAUUUUGAAACUUGGCGACAACGCCGAGCGGUGGAACACCUUCGCCAGCAGCAUGAACGACAGGACAUUCUUGGGCGCCCCCACCAAGACCGCAGCUCCCCAAAGUUGCCAUCAGCUGACAAGGACAAAAAAGACUCAGAAGGCCCCCCAGGGGAAUCACGAGACCAGGGCUCCAUGUCACAAAGAAUGUACUACUUCAAUGAGAGCACCAAACCUCCAUCGUGCCCUGUGCAUGGACACGGAACCCCACCCGAGGGGCAUCAUAAACAUCGACACAGGGGCAGUCCAGCAAGUGAGCAACAUGGUGACAGGCCUGAGAGGCCGCCAGAAGAGUUGAGCAGGAUGUAUCUACCUCCACACCCUGAUGGGGCGGCGUUGAUGCAUCCAUUCUUAAUUCACAGGGAAAGCCCCUUCACUGCGCAUCACCUUGGCGACAGACAAGUUGAGAUGAUGCGCGAGAGACAGGAACUUCUGCAUCAGCGCCUUAUAAUGGACCAACGGGAACACAUCAAGGCUCGUGAGGAAGAGUGGCAACGGCGUCAGCAGCACUUACGUCAGGAGAAAGAGGAUCGGCAGCGUGAGCUAUCCCAGUACCGACAUCAGGUCCUGCACCGCCAUGAGCACAUGGGCAUGGAACCAAGGCGUCCUGCUUCUAAGAGCCCAAGCACAGUGGAGCACCACCCAAACCACAGCCUCCUUCGCCAUCCAUACCAUCUACCAUUCCACCCUCCCCCUAUUAGACAGCCCUUUGGGGACCCUCACAGGAAAGAUGCACACUUGACGGAUGCUCACAAGGAGGGGCACGUGCACCCUUAUAGUUACCAUAACAGUCGAUUUGAGGGAUUCCCGUACAGCCGGGAUAUGAUCGUGACUAGUAUGUCGGCAGGGGAGAGGGGGAGAGCAGUUGAGGGGGAGUGGCCACGGCAUGGUAGACUCAUGUUUGUUAAUGGGGAUUUAGCAGAUGUAGAAAUGAGGAGGACAAUGUCACCUGGACUACAUCAACGCAUCAAAAUAGAGAAACCGGAGAGAGAGUCCAGUCCACCUGUUAGGGUCAAACAUGAUGAAAGCAAGCUCAAGUUCCUUGAGGGACUCGGCCUUGUCACCCUCGAUCGCAAGAAAGAGUUGACUCAUGGCGAUCCCAACGCCAGACGAAAGUUUACAGACUCACCACUGAUCGUUGAGGGGACAGGAAGUCAGAACCCUGCAUCAGGGGAGACACAAGUUACUAGAGAAGAGGCUGGAGACACCAGCAGUGAUGGCACAAGUGAGGGGGAUAGCGGGACAGGCACCAGCACCGACACUGAUGUCUCGCAACAGUAUGCAGAGAAAUGUGAGUUUUUUGCAAGACUUGGUCUUGUUCCCCCUCACACCAGACAAGAAAUGGAACAGUCUUACGAGAUAAAGCGCAGCGAACGUAAGAAGCGGAGAAGGAAAGGCCGAGGCAGACCCUCUAAGCGCCCACGGCGAGAGGAUGAAGAAAACUCUGAGAAGGGACGGUCACCAAUCGAUUUUGAUGGACCAUUAACUAGACAGAAACAGCAGCAGCUGAAUGAGCUCCUAUCACAGUCUAAAGAUGUCCAGCCAAAACCCCAAGAGACAAAUGAUGAAAAGGCAGCUCCUGUCAGGAUAAAAACGGAGCAUAAGGAGGAACCUGAGCCACCAUACAUGUUUGACAAGCAGGAAGGCCAUUACAGAAGGGCAAGGGAUUCUCCUUCCUCUGAGAACCUAGCUAACAGGCCACCACCACGCCUUACAUUAUCCUCAUUGACUAACAUGGAAGAUCCAUUUACAAAUUAUGAGGCCUCAACGUUUCGGCCUCCUUAUCUCAGACAUACUGGACUCUUAUCAGUCUCUCAGGACUCCAUGCAUAUGGACCCACGUGUACACCCUGAGGCUCGGCUACACCCGGAUAACCGUCUACACCCUGAGGCCCUAUUACACCCUGAUAGUCGCAUUCCAUCAAGCCAUAGAGUUCAACCAGAAGCACGCCUGCACCCUGAGGGAAUACCUCAUCUGUCGGAAGAGGUAAGACUGACCACGCCCGUCCGUCCUGAGCCUGUUAGAAGCAGAGGGAUAUCACUAAGUGAAAAGGAGACAAGGGACUAUCUGUCGCGAAGGUCUUCCCCAGGACGGUCCAGCGACUAUGGACGACAAUUUGGAUCCAUGGCUGGACAGCAUGGGAGCAGCUUUGAAAAGUUUGCUGACCAUCAAUCAUCAUCUGGAAGCAAGGAUGUAGACAGCAAUGAGAGAUAUAGGUGGCCAGGAGUUGAAAAAGUCAUGAAAGCUUACUUCUUACACAAUGGAGAGCGCAAUAUGGAGUUAUCAUAUCUUCAGGACAAUGCAAACAUGCUCAAGUCUCAUAACGUAUCCCUGAACGAGGAAGCAAACGCCCUCAGCAGUCAGAUGACGAAUCUUGCACAGACUAAGCGUCAACUGCUGGAGGAAAAAAAAGUUUACAGACAGGACCUUGAUCGUCUUCACUACUUCAUGCAGAGCUUCCAGAGAUAGCACAUCUCAGGAUUCACUGGGUUCAGAUAGCACAUCUCAGGGUUUACUGGGUUCAGAUAGCACAUCUCAGGGUUUACUGGGUUCUGAGAUAGCACAUCUCAGGAUUCACUGGGUUCAGAUAGCACAUCUCAGGGUUUACUGGGUUCAGAUAGCACAUCUCAGGGUUUACUGGGUUCAGGGACAGCACAUCUCAGGAUUCCCUGGGUUCUGAGAUAGCACAUCUCAGGGUUUACUGGGUUCAGGGACAGCACAUCUCAGGAUUCCCUGGGUUCAGAGAAAGCACAUCUCAGGAUUCCCUGGGUUCAGAGAUAGCUCAUCUCAGGGUUUACUGGGUUCAGAGAUAGCUCAUCUCAGGAUUCCCUGGGUUCAGAGAAAGCACAUCUCAGGAUUCCCUGGGUUCAGAGAUAGCUCAUCUCAGGGUUUACUGGGUUCAGAGAUAACACAUCUCAGGAUUCACUGGGUUCAGAGAUAGCACAUAUCUCAGGAUUCACUGGGUUCAGGAACAGCACAUCUCAGGAUUCACUGGGUUCAGAGAUAGCUCAUCUCGGGAUUCACUGGGUUCAGAGAUAACUCAUCUCAGGAUUCACUGGGUUCAGAGAUAGCUCAUCUCAGGAUUCACUGGGUUCAGAGAUAGCUCAUCUCAGGAUUCACUGGGUUCAGAGAUAGCUCAUCUCAGGAUUCACUGGGUUCAGAGAUAGCUCAUCACAGUAUUCACUGGGUUCAGAGAUAGCUCAUCUCAGGAUUCACUGGGUUCAGAGAUAGCUCAUCUCAGGAUUCACUGGGUUCAGAGAUAGCUCAUCUCAGGAUUCACUGGGUUCAGAGAAAGCUCAUCUCAGGAUUUACUGGGUUCAGAGAUAGCUCAUCUCAGGAUUCACUGGGUUCAGAGAAAGCUCAUCUCAGGAUUUACUGGGUUCAGAGAUAGCACAUCUCAGGAUUCACUGGGUUCAGGGACAGCACAUCUCAGGAUUCACUGGGUUCAGAUUUAGCACAUCUCAGGGUUUACUUAUAUAUACCUGGAUCCUUCCUCCGUCUCAUUAUUUGAGACUCUUCGCUGCUAAGGAAAGAAAGUGCCAGAUCCUCAAGGAGUAUGUUCUCUAAGUUAAUUUUGAACACAAGGCUAUGCUGCUGACUUUCAAAAAUCAACUUAUUACUGUCCAUAAAAACUAAGAUACAACAAGAGAAGAAAAUUGAUGUAUUUUGUACUUUGGCCGGUUUUGUCAUUUUGUCUAAAUGUUAUUACUAAACAUGUUGGAAAGAAAGUCAAAGAGACUAAAAAGCGAAUAAUGAAAUAAGGCUUGGUUUUGGAGAAAAAAAAACCUGGCCUCUCUACUGAAGUGCAAUCACAAUUGUAGAGGAAAGAAUCAAGCCCACAAUCACCUAAACCUUACUUGAUGUGUACUUAUGAGAAUCAUCAAGCAUUCGAUAUUUUAGGAAAUAUAUUUCAAAUUAACAAAUAGAUAAAACUAGUCUUCCAAGCAAACAUGCAUCCAUUCUUUUAAUAGAGUUUAACUAAAUACCCAGUCUUAAUAUGAAGAAAAUGUUAAUUUUGAUAUUUAAUAAUUAUAUUAUAUUUAAUAUUGGCUAAAGCUGUCAGUUUUUUUGUUCAGUGUUAAGUUUGGAUAAUCAGAAAAACAAAUUAUGUUCUGCCAUUUGUUUACAUCAAGUUUGUGUAUGGAAUUUUAGGUGUCAUGAUUUAUCCAAUAACAAACAGAUUACCAACAGAACCUAAAAAUUCAUGGGGUUCUACCAUCCAUCUCUUCUAAUGGUAGUAAAAUAGUGUAAACUACGGCCAUAAAGUGAAGGAUUGCAUGGAAGUGGGUUAUUGGUGUAAAUGUCAAGAAUUUAACAAGAGUUUUAGGGCUGAUGGAAUCCAUUCUUUUUAUAAUGCAAUCAAUUGAAACCUUUCACUUUUAGUUACAAAUUUAAUGAUAAUUUAUACAAUUUUUAUCUGCAAUGGUAAAUUCUCAUUAUCCCAUGAGAAAUGCUACUUUGAACUGUUGGGAGUGACUGCCGGAGGUUGUACUGAGUCAAACUUUAAAGCUGCAUUGUCACCAGUUUACUUCCGGUCGAUUACGUAACAGCAGUGUGUCUUUUGGAAGUUUCUUUGAGGAUUUGACUGAUAAUUUAGAGCGGAUGGCCCGUUUUACAGAGCGGAUCCUAAUAGAUUCUUUUGACGGUUGAGGUUUCCAACGGACCUCCGGAAGUAAACUGGUGACAAUGUGGCUUUAAUGAAAUGCUGCAAAAUACUCCUAACCUCUCAGUGGUGGAUCUAGGGGGGGAAGGGUAGUUCUCCUGCUUUUGACUGAAGUUUCUACAGAAUGGGAGCAUAAAUGUUUUUAUAUUGGUGCUCGACCCUUUGAGAAGUUUAGAGCAAUUGAUUGAUUGUAUGUUAACCAACCACCUUUCAAACUGUGACUACUAGCUUGGUCAAUCUUUUUGAUAAUCACUCCCCUCCUAGAGAAUGAACAUUUCUAAUAAGUAGCAAGCAUUUGUGAGAUACAGUGGUUUCUAAGCUAUUGGCUCUAAGCUAUUUAAAGGUAAUCCCUCGUAAGUAGAUAUAAUCUAGUUUAGAUGAUUUUUUAAAGAUAUAUAAAUACUCAAGUUGUAUAGUAGCAUAAAAACAAAAACAAAUAAAGCUUUUAUCUGAGAA